AUGGCGGGAGGUGCGAGAUUUGAGAUGAGUUCAGCCAGUCCAGAGGACUUGGCCUUUGCUGGGGGCCAUCCAAAUCGGCUGAGGGGAAAUUACCCUGGUUCCAGUUUCGAUAGGUCUGGAAGCUUCCGUGAGGGUGGUGAGAGUCGGAUGCUUAGUUCUGGUGCUAGUACUCCAAGGGGCAAUGGUACUUCGGCAGGAAAUUUACCUCCACUACCUCAAUGUUUACUGUUAGAUCCUAUUACAAUGGGGGAUCAGAAGUUUACUCCCUUAGGUGAGCUAAGGAGGGUUCUGGGAAUACCUUUUGGGGGCAGUGCAGAAGACAAUCCAUGUGGAGCAGCUAAUUUGAAGCCCCACACUCCUGUGGCUACAGAGGACCUAAAAUGGUUCAAAGCCGGUGUGCUAGAGGCCUCAAACCAGGCCAGGGUUAGAGCGAAAAGGUUGGAUGAAUCCAUAGACAAAUUGAACAGGUAUUGUGAAGCUUUAAACUUAAAGAAGCAACAAAGGAGUGAGUUUAUAACAAAUGAAAGAUCAGGUGGAUCAAACUUGCUGAAGGUGGGAGCUUCGAGAAACUCUUCAGAUCCUAUGAAUCAAAGGCUGGAGGACAGGAAUAAGUCGGUUGUGAUGAAUAGGCGAGUUCGCUCAUCGGUCACAGAAAUAAGGGCUGAAAGCAGAAAUAAUGUGCUGACAAGGCAGCCUGUGGUCAUGGGAAAAGAUAGGGAUAUGCUUAGAGGUGAAGGCUCUGAUCUCAUUGAGGAAAAGAUUCGCAGACUACCUGCUGGAGGGGAAGUAUGGGAUAAGAAAAUGAAAAGGAAGCGUUCUGUAGGCACAGUAUUUAGCAGGUCCAUGGAUGGUGAUGCAGAGCUAAAGCGAACCUUGCAUCAUAAACCUAAUGAGGAGCCUUGUCCCCAAGCCUGUGAUGCCCAAAGUUUCAGCAUAGUUGGGUGUUGUGAUGACAUGCUAUCAGGGUCAUUUACUGGUGGUAAUGGCAUUAAUAAGUUAGAUUCGAAUUCCUUGCCUUCCAAUGCAAAUGGUCGUAUUAUGCCCAAGAAUGAGUUGGACAAGGUCUCGCUUUCAAGGGAUUUAACGUCUGGGUUGACUAAGGAGCGACUUGUACUAAAGGGAAACAAUAAAUUAAACGUUCGCGAUGAUAGUCAAACACUCAAUCCUGAUUCAGUGACAAAAGGAAAGGCUUCAAGGGCACCAAGAAAUGGCCCUGUAACUGCAUGCACCUCAUCUCCUAGUCUUCCUCGCACAUCUGGAAUGCCUGAGGGAUGGGAACAACCUCCAAGUGUACCAAAAAAUCAUUCAGUGAGUGGGGCUACCAAUCGCAAACGUCCUAUGCCCACAGGAUCAACCUCUUCCCCCAUGGCUCAAUGGGUUGGUCAGAGACCACAGAAAAUGUCUCGAACCAGAAGAUCAAAUCUAGUGUCGCCUGUGUCAAACCAUGAUGAAGUGCAGAUGCCCUCAGAAAGCUGUUCCCCUUCUGAUGUGGGUGGUAGAUUAAAUUCUUUUGGGACCAAUGGGCUGCUUCAGAAGAGUGUUGCGAUUGGCGCCAAGCAAAUUAAAAUUAAACAGGAAAUAGUUUCAUCUCCUGCCAGAUUAUCUGAAAGUGAAGAAUCUGGUGCUGGUGAAAAUCGUGAAAGUAGAUUGAAAGAGAAAGGACCAGGUUGCAGUGAAGUAGAUGAGAAAGCUGUGAAUGAUGUUCAGAAUACUGGUUCUUCAAUAAUGCCUACAAAGAAGAAUAAAUUGCUGAAUAAAGAGGAAACUGGAGUUGGUGUUCGGAGACAGGGAAGGAGUGGAAGGGGAUCAUUAGUUUGUAGGGCUACAACUGUAACUACAAGGGAAAAAUUGGAGACUCCAGCCUCAGCAAAGCCAUUCAAAAGUAUGAGACCUGGUUCCGAUAAGAAUGGAAGUAAGUCAGGGCGUCCUCCUCUGAAGAAAUUGUCAGAUAGGAAGGCAUUUGCUUUUCCGGGCCAUAUAUCUACCAACGGUUCCCCUGAUUGUGCAGGUGAGCCAGAUGAUGACCAUGAAGAACUUCUGAAAGCUGCAAAUUUUGCCUGUAAUGCCAACGAUUUGGCCUGUUCUAGUUCAUUUUGGAAGAAAAUGGAACCAAUUUUCGGUCCUGUCAGUUUAGAGGUGGUAUCCUACUUCAAGGAGCAGCUCAUAUCUGUGGAGGAGAAUGAUGAAUGCAUGUCUCUGAUGUUAGGCAAUGCCAAUAAUGUUUCGGGUGAUAUUGUGCAUGAAGAGAACUUUGUGUCCAAGACUCUUAUUUCUGGACCAUAUGAGUGCAACAUGCAAGACCAAAUUCAAAAAGGAGAUGUAUCUUGUGGACAAUUAGACUCAGAAGGAAAGAAGAAAGUGCCUCCACUGUACCAAAGAGUAUUAUCGGCUCUAAUCAUGGAAGAUGACAUAGAAGAAUUUGAAAAAGACAUUCACUGGAGAACUAUGUCUUUACAAUAUAAUGGGGACAAUUCUCCUAGUGCUACAUGUGCCUCUAUUAAUGUUGAGCCAAGGAACAGGAUCGGGAUCCAGUUUGCAAAUAAUACAGAUUUGGGUUUGCACACUCUCAAUCAAUGUUCCAUUGACAGUUACCCUUACAAUGGGGAUAGUGGCUUCAUGAAUGCCACAGGAAUCUGUAAUCAAUUAUACAGUAAUGAUUAUUCAAAAGUAGAUUUUGGAGUAUUGCAUUCAGAGAGUGGGAUGUUCCCUGUGUUUUCCGAAAAUGGUGCAGAUGGGUUACUACAUGUGGGUACAAACUCUCCAAGAAUUUCUUCCUCUGAUUGCCCGUAUGAGCAGAUGCCUCUGGAGGACAGACUCUUGUUGGAGCUACAUAGUGUUGGCCUGUAUCAAGAAACAGUGCCUGAUCUAGCAGAUGGAGAGGAUGAAGCAAUUGAUACAGAUAUUCUUGGACUACAGAAGCUACUUCACCAACAGGUUGAUGGGAAGAAGAUACAGUUAAACAAAUUUGUUGCAGCAAUUGAAGAAGGCAUGGACAUCGAAAGACGGCGCCGGGAGCAGGUUGCUAUGGACAAGCUUGUUGAGUUGGCUUACAGAAAGCUUCUGGCCACUCGAGGAAGUAUUGCUUCAAAAUAUCGGAUUGCUAAGGUUUCAAAGCAAGUUGCCAUUGCUUUUAUGAAGAGGACUCUUGCUAGAUGCCAAAAAUAUAAAGAAACCGGAAAAAGUUGUUUUAAUGAGCCUGUAAUUCGAGAUGUCAUUUUCGCUGCAUCGCUUCCCGGUGGCAACGAAGAAACCAUGAAAUGCAAUGGCUUAAGUUCACCACUUGAAAAUCAAAACUCUCAACAAGAAACUGGGGUUUCAGGUUCUUCCAAUUGGACGGAUGAUCAUCAUAAUAAGUAUGGCAGGGGUUAUGGUAUUUCUGGAAGUCUUACCCAUCCCUCUGAGCAGGUUACUAAAACUGGACCAAUAUUGUACAGAGGAAAAAAGAAGGAAGUUCUGCUUGAUGAUGUUGGCAGCCCCUCCUUGAAAGCUGCAUCAAAUCUUGGUACUGUGUUGGCCCAAGCAAAGGGAAAAAGAAGUGAGAGAGAAAGGGACAAAGAUACAUCAGCCAGGAAUUCUGUCACCAAAGCUGGCCGUCAAUCAUUGGGUAACAAUAAGGGUGACCGUAAAACCAAAACAAAGCCCAAACAGAAGACCGUUCAGCUAUCAACUUCAGGAAAUGGGUUGAUUAAUAAUGCCCCUUCAGCUGGAUUUGUUGAACUUGUUGGCAACAAUAAUAACAGGUCCUACAGAGACCAAGAAACAAAUGGAUUUUGCAAACUUGCAUCUGAAUGA